AUUUAUUAUUAUUUAUUACAUUAUCGAUAUGAAGCAAUUAUCGAUAAAUAUCGAUAGCUUUCCCAUCACUAGUGCUUGCUUCAAUUCUAGUUCAGUUCUUUCUAAGAAGAAAUAGAAACGUAUAUAAUUGUUCACUCAGUAAACGAUAACAAAUCAGUGACAUGCCCUCAACACUUGAACUUUGCGAAAAGUUCUAUGGAACGAAAGACAUAUACGAACUGUUUUCAAUUAACAAAGACGCUUCGGAGAACGAUAUUAAAAAAGCCUACUAUCGUUUAUCAUUGAUAGUACAUCCAGAUCGCGUUAAGGAAGAAGAUAAAAUAGAAGCUACUGAAAAAUUCAAAAUUCUAAGCAAAAUCCAUUCAGUCCUCUCAGAUAAAGAUAGGCGCGUUUUGUAUGAUGAAAAAGGCGUCAUAGAUGAAGACGACGAAGAUUCACUUGGUGCAAAUUGGCUGGCAAUGUGGCAACAAUUUUUCAAGCCAAUUACCUCUGAAGAUAUUUCCAAAUUUGAAAAGGAGUUUAUUGGCUCAGAGCUAGAACGAGGUGAUAUUAAAAAAGCAUAUCUUAAUGGUAAAGGUUGUAUGGAUUACAUGCACAAUUGUGUUCCAUUUAUGAGCUGUAAAGAUGAACCGCGCAUCAUCGCUAUUGUUAAAGACAUGAUUGCAUCUGGUGAGGUUCCUGAGUUCAAAGCUUUUACCGAGGAACCAAUACAUAAAAAAGAACGGCGUCUCAAAAAGGAAGCCAAGGAAGCACAAAAAGCCGCAGUUAUACAGGAAAAAAUGAAAAAAGAAACUGAAAAUACGUUUGAGGAGCAAAUUUUAAAUCGACAGUUAGAGCGGGCACAAAAUUUUAAUUCUCUUAUCGAUAAAUUGGCACAGAAAAAUGGCGAUGAUGCAACAAAAAAAAAGCAAAGAGCAAAAAAUUCUCCGUUGAAAAGACUGAUGAAGCAAAAUGAAGGCAAAGCAAAGCAAAAUCGCGAAACUAAAAAGCGUAAAUAAGUUUUAAAAUUUAAUUUACAAAUUUGUAUAAAACAAAUUCAAUAUUAUUUUCAGCAAUUUGGUUUUGAAUAAAAAUAAACAUUGCUCUUUGUUACGUUGUUGGUAUAAAA